CUCACUCCUCACAAUUGGACCGUUACAUUUAUAACCUCACCCAUUUCACAGAGAGAAGCUGUAUUCUUCUUCUUCUUCAUUGAGAAAAAUGGAGUCCCCAGGAGCCAGAAAAAGCGGUUUGAAGCUCCCAGCUGGGAUGUCAGGAGGCACGCUGCGGCUGGACACAACGAAAGCAGCAUCAGCAUCAGCAUCAGCAUCAGCAUCAGCAUCAGCAUCAGCAUCAGCUUCAGCUUCGUUUCGUUCGAUUUCGAGCAUUACUUCCCCUUCUUCCUUCCGGUCCAUCUCCAACCUGACAUCCCCUUCGAAAGCGAACUCGUCGACGUGCAGCGACAGGUUCAUUCCGUGCAGGUCGUCGUCGCGGCUCCACACGUUCGGGCUGGUGGAGAAGGGCUCGCCGGCGAAGGAAGGGGCCAACGAGGCCUACUCCAGGCUUCUCAGAUCGGAGCUCUUUGGUCCUGACUUUGUUUCUCCUUCUUCGCCUGCAGCUGCUCCCCACUCCCCCAUCAGUCCCACCAAGAACAUGCUCCGCUUCAGAACCGAUCACUCCGCCCCACCCUCUUCGCCCUACUCUCCCUCCGUUUUGGGGCCGCACAAUGCUUUUGCUUCUGACUCUUCUACCCCGCCUCCCAAACCUCCUAGGAAAGUUCCCAAGACACCCCACAAGGUUUUGGAUGCUCCAUCACUUCAAGAUGACUUUUACUUGAAUCUGGUGGACUGGUCCUCACAAAAUGUUCUUGCUGUGGGGCUAGGCACUUGUGUUUAUCUGUGGAGUGCUUCAAACAGCAAAGUGACUAAGCUAUGUGACUUGGGGCCUUAUGAUGGAGUCUGUUCUGUUCAGUGGACACGGGAGGGUUCUUUUAUAUCAAUUGGUACAAAUCUUGGUCAAGUCCAGAUUUGGGAUGGAACACAGUGUAAGAAGGUCAGAACCAUGGGUGGGCAUCAGACAAGAACUGGUGUUUUGGCAUGGAACUCUCGCACUUUGGCUUCUGGGAGCAGAGAUAGGAACAUACUUCAGCAUGACAUGAGGGUUUCAAGUGACUUUGUUAGCAAGCUUGUAGGCCACAAGUCUGAGGUGUGUGGAUUGAAAUGGUCAUGUGAUGACAGGGAACUUGCUUCUGGUGGUAAUGAUAAUCAGCUUCUGGUAUGGAAUCAGCACUCUCAGCAACCAGCUUUGAGACUCACCGAGCACACUGCUGCUGUGAAGGCCAUUGCUUGGUCACCUCAUCAAAGUGGCCUCCUUGUGUCUGGAGGUGGAACUGCUGAUAGGUGUAUUCGUUUUUGGAACACUACAAAUGGCCAUCAAUUGAACAGUGUUGACACUGGGAGCCAGGUAUGCAACCUUGCUUGGAGUAAAAAUGUGAAUGAGCUAGUAAGUACUCAUGGCUACUCCCAAAAUCAGAUCAUGGUGUGGAAAUAUCCAUCAUUGGCAAAGGUUGCAACUCUAACUGGCCACAGCAUGAGAGUGCUGUACCUUGCAAUGUCUCCCGAUGGACAGACUAUAGUAACGGGUGCUGGGGAUGAGACUCUUAGGUUUUGGAAUGUUUUCCCAUCAAUGAAAGCACCUGCCCCGGUUAAGGAUACAGGCCUUUGGUCAUUGGGGCGCACUCAAAUUCGAUGAUCCAUUUGAUGCCAUAUGGAACAAGGAAGACGAGGAAAAGCUAUCUUAAUAUUUUGUGUAAUUAUUGAUUAUCUGUAUAUGAAAUUAUACUGCCAUGUGUCAUUACAAGUUUGUAUCAUACAUCAAACACGGUGUAGAGACUUACAAAUUGUAAAGUUUCCAUUUAAAUCUAAUAUUUUAUUUGUGAUAAUAAUCGUUUCAAUUCAUCGUAAAGUCUGAUCUUUUAUGAUGG